GCCCACGCAGGUCAAGAUCUGGUUCCAGAACCACCGCUACAAGAUGAAGCGCGCCCGGGCAGAGAAAGGUAUGGAGGUGACGCCCCUGCCCUCGCCGCGCCGGGUGGCCGUGCCCGUGUUGGUCAGGGACGGCAAACCGUGCCACGCGCUUAAAGCCCAGGACCUGGCAGCCGCCACCUUCCAGGCGGGCAUCCCCUUUUCGGCCUACAGCGCGCAGUCUCUGCAGCACAUGCAAUACAACGCCCAGUACAGCUCGGCCAGCACUCCCCAGUACCCGACAGCACACCCCCUGGUCCAGGCCCAGCAGUGGACUUGGUGAGAGCUGCCCCUCCGAGACUCCCAGCCCCCGGCCCAGGCCCCACCCCGGCGGCGGAGGCAAGGAGGACUCGGCCCUUAACGGUGGUUACUGUGUUAUUAUAAUUAUUACGGAGUCGAGUUGACUCUCGGCUCCACUGGGGAGGCGUCAGGAGGUGGCCUGCGCCUCCUUGGAGAGGCAGAUUCCACCCAGCCAGCUCUGCCUCAGCCCUCUCCCUCUGAACCUCUGGGGAGGGCUGAACCAUCAGCCGUUUACAGAAUGUUUGCGCAGCCUCGCUUCUCUGCCUCUCCCUGGGGGCACGGAAUGGUCCCAGAGUUAACGUCCUCACUUGAGAAGGAGAAAAAGACGCCCCCCACCCUCGCUUUUGUGAAUUUUGUAAAAUAUGUUUGUGUGAGUAGCAAUAUUGUCAGCUGUCUUCUUCUAAAGCAAGUGGAGAACACUUUAAAAAUAGAGGAUUUUUUCUCCUUUUGUUUUUUAUAAGAAAAUGCUAAAUAUUUAUGGCCAUGUAAACGUCCUGACAACUGGUGGCAGAUUCCGCUUUUCGUUGUAAAUAUCGGUGGUGAUUGUUGCCAAAAUGACCUUCAGGACUGGCCUGUACCCCUCGGGGCCCCACUCCUUUCUUUGUGGUUUGUUUUGGUUUGCUUACAUUUGGUUAGCCCUGCUUUUUUCUUUAUUUUGUUCAGUGCAAACAUUUCUCAGAAAUGAAAAAGGAUAAAAAUGUGUAGGCGAGCGAGAAGCCCCUGCCCCAUCCUCUGGGUCCUGAGCCUCGGAACUCGGAGCUCAGCGGUUCCGUGCAGUUCCCCGAGAGCACCGGGUGCUGAAAGCUUUCCAUUUUUUUAAAUAAGAAUUUUAAUAAAAAUCCUGUGUUUAAAAAAA